UAAUUUGGCGGCUAUUAGAUUAGUUCAAAUCAAAAAGGUAUAGUCAAGUAAGGAUUAGUUGAAUAAGUAAAGAUAAUCCAAGUAGAAAAAUAUAUUUAAAACAUUAUACAGAAAUGCAUAGCAGAAAUCGAAUUCGGUUGUCAUCAGGAACUGAAGAUAAUUUAGUAGAGGAUAAAAUGCGACAAAAUUCUUCAGUUACACCAAAACGUAGUACAAGAAUACGUAGUAAACCAAAAAAGUAUGGCGAUAUGGAGUUAACACCGAGCAAAAGAAGAAGUCUGAUAGAAUAUGAAAGUUCCGAAGAGGAUGAUGUUAAAAGAUCAUGUACGGAAAAACCUACAGCUUUGUUCUGCAGUGAUGAUGUUGAGGGGCAAGAUAUAUUUAAGUUUAAAUCUCGGCACACUAAGAAUGACCUACAGAACAUAGUCAAGGCAGCCGUAAGCAAUUCUCCAUUGAUGACACCUAGCAAGUCUAGAGCAAGCCAUCUACUAAGUACUAGUGAAGCUACACCCAGACACGUCACAGAUAUCAUGAAAAAGAGAAUAAAGAGGGAAGUGGAAAGUGAGAGUUCAGAGAGUGACUUCUCUGAUGGAAGCAGCAGUGACUUUGUUCCCGAUAAGAGUUAUGAUGAGACCGAUUCUUCUGCACCGGAGACUGCUGAAGAGGAAGAAGAAAGUGAUGAAGAAAAUGAGACGAGUAAUUUACGUUGCACUGCACAAAAACUGCAAAUCGUAAAGAAAAAGGACAAUAGGACAAGGCCAAAAGACUCUGAAUAUGUUAUUACUCCUGAUAAUUACUUCUUGAUGCAUUCAAGUAAAAAGAUAACAACAUCAGAUCAUACUCUCGCUAGACUUAAGAAUAUGAACUUGAAUGAUGAAAAUGAAACUAUUUAUAUAUCAAAAGAGCAUGAGCACAGAAUAACUGAUUUAGUACAAUCUUAUGAGAAUCUAUUUAAUAGAUGGUUGUAUGUUUUGAGUGAGAAUUUCAAUGUCAUUUUGUAUGGAGUGGGUUCCAAGCGUGGAGUCUUACAACAGUUCCAAGCUCAGAAUCUCAACGAUCAACCUUGUAUCGUUAUUAACGGUUUCUUCCCCAGUUUAACAAUCAGAAGUAUUCUAGAAACAAUCGUUAUAGAUUUGCUAGAAAAUUCUCGAGUACCUUCCAAUGUUGGUGAUACGAUUGAUUUAAUUGGCUCUCAGUUAUCAGAAAACAAUGUGGAUUUGUUCUUGAUCGUACAUAAUAUAGACGGAGACAUGUUACGUAACUCGAAAUCCCAGGCAGUGUUGGCGAGCCUCACACAACUCAAGAAUGUUCAUAUGAUUGCAACUAUUGAUCAUAUUAAUGCACCACUCUUAUGGGAUUGUGGAAAGCUGAGCAAGCUGCGGUGGACGUGGUGGGAUGUGACAACGUUCGUGCCGUAUGCGCAGGAGACGGCGCAGGCGGCGGGAGUCGCGGCGCGUGCUGGAGGAGCUCUGCAGCUGGCCUCGCUGGCAGCUGUGCACCGCUCCCUUACUGCCAACGCACGAGGCAUCUACAACCUCAUUGUGCGCCACCAGCUCCAACACCACAAGCAACACAACUACCAAGGUUUACCUUUCAAGGAUAUGUACUCGAAGUGUCGAGAGCAGUUCCUGGUGAGUUCCGACCUGGCGCUGAGAGCUCAACUCACAGAGUUCCUCGACCACAAACUGGUCAAAAUCAAAAGAACAUACGAUGGCGGAGAAAACUACAUCAUACCCAUUGACAGUUCAUUAUUACAGCAGUUUUUAGAAGAGCAAGAUAAUUAAAUUAUUCAAACUUUCGUGAGACAUUAUCUUUAACUAGUAUAGAAAACGGUUCAAACACGCACAUUUGUCCGGUGUCGGCCCCGACUAGUUCGAGCCCAUCAGGGGCCCUUCAUCAGGUUGUGUGGGACUGGUAUUAUUUCGUGGACGACCCCGCGCCCCCUCGAGAAG